AUGGAUGAACUAACGAUAAGUUAUGGACUCUUGGCGCCGCAAUCGAAGGUCUCACGGGAUUUGCAUAUACUGCCCAUAACCAAAAUUCUAUAUCCAGAGGGACAAGAUGGAUUUUUUUUGACUUGUAGCAGGGACGGCUCCAUAAUAAAGAAUCGAUUCGAUGCUUUUGGGAGAUUAAUUCGCGGCAAGAGGAUGCAAGCCCAUAGUGACUGGGUCACAGAUAUAAUACAGAUUAGCCGCAACAAAUUCAUUACGGUGAGCCACGACUUCUCUAUUGUUCUACUUACAUUGCAUGACGAUUCGGAUACCUGGGAGACAAAGAUUAUAGGAGACCAUGGAGACUACAUCAAAUGCAUUGUUCAUAUACCAACUGAUGAUAAUGAAUUUGUGUUUGCAACAGGUGGACUGGAUAGAAAAGUGAAGUUUUGGAACUUGAAGGAUGAUCAGGCUUACUUGAUAGAUGAGUUUUUGAAUAGCUCAGACCAUGAUGAGACGGGAUCAAUUUAUGCAAUGGCUGCAAUCGAUCACGGUAUGGGAUUCAAUCUGCUUAUUGGGGAUUGCAAUGGUGAUCUCAUUCUCUACUCUACGACUGAUAAGCGGGAGUUCGGAAGGUUGACUAAGGCACACAAGGCAAAUAUAAAAAUAGUCAAGUCGCUAGAUCACUCAUCCAAAUUGGUAACGGCGUGUUCCGACGGUCUAAUUUGCGUCUGGGAUCUGAAAGAAGACGAUAAAUUGGUAAAAUGUGCAUCCUACCAGUGGGAUUGCUCUGUAUGGGGAAUAUAUGGGACCGAUUUGAACAUGGUGUAUAUUGGCGACUCAAAAGGUAGGAUAAAAACAGCAGAUCUCUCAAAGAGUGAUCAGAUGAGUGCAGUGACGAUUUAUGAUGAGGCACAGCAUGUGUCUGGAGACUUUUCGGGCAAAGAGAGCAAACAUGGGGGUAUCUUGGACCUGAUGAUCUCACCUGAUGGUUUUAUCAUGUUUUCACAGAGCAUAAACUCUAACCUGUCAAUGCUAGACCUUCGCACAGGAAAGCUAGAAGUCAUUAAGGGAGGUUUUGCCCUGAUAAAGAGCUCAUUGCUAACCAACAGAAGACAUGUCAUCACCGAAAACACCAAAGGAGAGAUUCAAAGGUGGGACAUAGUCGUUUGCGAGCUGGUCAAUACCUUCGAGCCCGCUGAGGGUGGUUUUGACGAGGUAGUGACCAAGUAUACAUCGAAGGAAGUCCUUUCUCAUUGGUGUAGCGUUUCGGUUAAAGUGGGUAUGCUGUUUGUUAAACUUAAUCCGAGGAUGUCAAAUACCGAAGUUUAUGGCUCAGCGUUAGAAGGAUACAGGAUUUUAAAUGAAGUCGAGUUGAAUUCGGAUGAGCGAUAUAACUUGGGCAAGAUAGUCAUUAACUCCCUUUUCAAGGAGUUUGUUUCCUAUGAGAUGGAGAAGGAUAAGACCUACAGAAAGCAGCUUUCAUCAAGGAAGAAGGAUCAAAAUGUUGCUGCGUCCGCCAUGGAGCUGAAUUUGAACUUUACGGAAUCAAAGAUCAAAGACAAAAGGAGGAAGUCUGCUUUUUACAGAUUUGGUUCCGCGACGCCUUACCAGGAAUAUAACAUGACAUCGUUAUCAGCGCCAAACACUCCUCUGUUCUCUGGGGAAGCUACUGGUCUACCCGUUGACGAACAUCCGUUGUUACCGCCUCCCAUGACAUCAGCGGGCGAUAAAUUGACUUACGAAGAGAAUGAACUGGGAGUUUUAUCACCGUUUGGAGCCUCAGAGUCACGAACCCUGAGUUCAGGCUCAUUAAUAGCUCGCAAAUUUAAAAAACUAAGACCGUACUCGCGUAAUGGCAGCGGCACACAUACAACUGUCGAUUCUCAAGCCACUAAUUCCGAUUUCGAAGAUUCUACGCCCGAAGAUGAGCACCCUGGCGAACGGAUUGUUUGGAACCAGGCAUACAAUGGGGAAAAUCUCUCCUCGCAGCAAGCAGCGGAACCUUUGCAUGCCAAAUUCAAACCCAUAGAAACCCCUGCUACAGCUGCCCAUCAAGAUAUUGAACCGAAUACACUGAUCAAAGAUCGUGCGACAUACAUUUCCGAUUUCUUCGAGCAGCUGCACGAGACUUACAAGCAGCAUCAAAAUUCGAACUCAACGUCGCUAAAGCUGCUAUCGAGGAAACUUCCGGAGAGUAAAAUCAUCAGAGAUCCCUCAUUGCCAAUCAUCAGAAUAAGAAACGGCGUACUGCUGGUUGUGCAUAGUUGGAACAAGAGAUGCUGUGGCGGGAAGGUACUGUUCUCCAGUUAUCUACCGGCCUCGAGAUCGCUCGACGACGACGAUGCAUCUAUCUUGCAAGAGAGCGAUGAAGAUGUCGAUAGCAAUGAAGAUGAAGAAAGAUUAAGCAAAUAUGAUCUAAUGGAUAACGAAUACGGAAACGUCAUGAAUAGGCGGCAGAUGUUCGAGCAGCUGGAGGAAAACCUGCCGUUUUGGUUUGCCAAGUAUCUAUUUUGCGACGAGAGGACAGCCAAGCAACAACCUAAACUUAGCUUUGUAAUUGCGCCCUGGCAGGAUCACGACGGUCCCAUCUCAUCGGGUAGUCAGCCGCAGCAGUCGCACCAUAGGCUGAAAUUUGGCAGGACAAAGUCUGCGGAUGUCAGCCUUGGGACCACUGAGCUGCCCAAGAUUUCGGAAAUCAACACUAAGCUAGUAGCACCGGGGAUGAUAAAAGUAAAAAAGAUCAAAGUUUACAUCGCAGACAGAUUCGAGGCUAAGACGCCAGAAAUGAAGGCCAAAAUUGAUCCUAGUGAGUGGAUAGAGCUGCUCUGCAAGAGCCAAGUGCUCGACAACGACAUGACCUUGAGCACAGUAAGGACAUUAUACUGGAAGUCUCAGAGUGAUAUUGUCUUCAAGUACAGAAGAAAGAUGGCAGAUGCCACGCUUGUCACUGGAGGCGACGGCAAUUCUGGCUCGGGAGACAUUUAG